AUGUACCCUGGAGCACAUGAAACCACCCCCAAUCCUUACCCAUCAAGCAGCUACGGGGCUCCCGGGUCUCAGCAACAUCUGAGUCCAAUAAACCCAGGAAACCAAGCUCAAGGUGGGCAGCCUUACUUCGUUGCAUCUCCGGGAAUCAUUCCUAGCAAUCAGCUGGGUCAAGGAAACGUACAAAUAAGUCCAGCUACAGGAACAGUACCAACAAACUUCAAAGAAGCAAAGACACUGGGGGGAAUCCAGAUUGUGAUUGGAUCAAUGCACAUUGGCUUUGGAAUUAUUUUGGGCCUUUUGAGCUACACUACUACACAAUAUUUGGGUUUUGGCUCCUUCACUUUUAUUAGUGGAUAUCCAUUCUGGGGUGGAAUCUGUUUCAUUAUUUCUGGAUCACUCUCUAUAACAACAUUCAAUGAAUUUUCCCCUUGCCUGAUAAAAAGCAGCCUGGGAAUGAACAUUGUGAGUUCUAUCUUUUCCCUAAUUGGGGCGAUUCUGUUGUUAGUGGACCUGUGCAUCAAUGGCCUUGUUUCUCAGGCCUACUGGGCAGUGAUUUCUGGGAAAGGAAUUUCAGCCAUGCUGAUGAUUUUCUCCCUCUUGGAGUUCUGCAUAACUUGUGCCACGGCCCAUUUUAACAAGCAAAUGGUCACCAACACCAGUGGGUCUGUCCUGGUCAUUCCAGCUGUGUAUGCAAACAACCUGACACAAGAGUCUUCCUCAGCUCCUCCGAGAAAUGAUGGGUAA